UUGCAGAAUUUGACUGACGCAACCUCCGCUCUCUCGCGCUCAGUCUCUCUCUCACUCACUUCUGCUCCGCUAAUAACUGCGUUGAAGCCAAAAUGCGCGGGAGAGUGCCGAUCCUCCCGGUAGAAUCCAGCGCAACAAUCCCCAAGCAGGAAUCAGCAGCAGCGCCAACAACUGGCAGACUGGACUCGCUGGACAGCAAACAAACAAACCCGUUUGGAAUCGACGACGAUUCGUGGCCAUUGUGCCGGGCCACUCUGCAGUGUUCCCGCGUGUAUUGCUCUGGCGGCGGUGGGUGGUGGAUGAACAUGGCAUAGCAUCGCAU